AUGAGGGACAUCGUCCUGCUGUUGGCUAUGGUCGGACUUGCCUCGGCAAUGCGGCAGCAGGCUGUGGGUGUUACUGGUCAACUGAUGUGCGGGAAUAAGCCAGCAGCUGGGGUGACCGUUAAACUGUGGGAUGAGGACGACGGAAUAGAUCCUGAUGACCUUCUAGACGAGGGAUACACCGACGCAAAUGGAAAAUUCACCCUGAAGGGCUCGGAACGCGAACUCACCACCAUUGAUCCAGUGUUCAAAGUGUACCACGACUGCGAUGAUGGUCUUAAGCCGGGGCAACGAAAGGUGAAGUUCCGCAUUCCAAACUCAUAUAUAUCUCCUGGAGGGCUACCCAAACGCAUUUUCAAUAUCGGCACUCUCAAUCUGGAAACAGUUUUCCCGAAAGAAGAACGAGACUUGAUCUGA